AUGGACGAGUCCCCAUCGCAGUUCCAGCCAGCUCUGGCAGCUCAGACCUCCCAGUCAGCGACGCAAGAGCCACAGACUCAGCCACUGGUUGAAGUUAUUCGCACUUACACUGCGAGGAAGUCUUUCAAAACGUCCAAGUCAGAUGCCUAUGUGACCUCAUUCGACUUCGACGACCAGGGCGAAUACCUGGCAGCUAGCUGCGACGAUGAUACCAUUCAGAUUUUCAAUAUUAAAGAGGGCAAGAUGACAAAGACCGUCCCUAGCAAGAAAUAUGGUGUCCACCUCGCCCGAUUCACCCACCAUCCGCGCCAGCUUCUUCAUGCCAGUACUAAGCUUGAUGAUAGCCUGCGAUUGCUGGAUCUUCAUAAUGAAAGCUAUUUACGAUACUUUAGUGGUCAUACCGAUACUGUGACCGAUCUGGCUAUGUCUCCAGCAAAUGAUGCUUUCGUUUCUGCCAGCAAAGACGACACGGUCACGGUCUGGGACCUGAAAUCGCGUAGCGCUCAGGGCAAACUGAACCUCGCAACGCCAUACUUAGUUGCAUUUGACCCAUCCGCCUCAGUCCUUGCUAUCGCCUCACAAUCUACCUCAUCAGUCCUCCUCUAUGAUUUCCGCAACUAUGACAAGGCUCCAUUUUCAAGCUUUGACUUGAAGCCUUAUGAGGAAACCUAUACCCCAAACACUCGUGGACGCGCCUGGACUAGCCUUGAAUUUUCCAACGAUGGGAAAUAUCUUAUGCUGACCACGGAUUACCAUGGGCACUUUGUUUUGGAUGCCUUUGAUGGUUGCAUUAAGGCUUUCUUGACUGGCAAGAAUGGUUCGGCUGGCCGUGCUUCCCCUCUCUCCACAACAGGAAAACCUCGUGGUCAGGGUGAUGCUAGCUUCACACCCGAUGGCCGAUUCGUGAUUGGUGGUAAUGGAGAAGGUCAUGAUGUCCUUUUGUGGGAUCUAGAGCAGCCCCGUGACGCCAAUCUCCUACUCUACCCCAUAACCACUCUCCAAACUCGAACCCGCACCGCUCUUAUCUCGUACAAUCCUCGCUUUAAUAUGAUCGCUAGUGCCGAUCGAGAGACUGUUUUCUGGCUUCCUGAGGAUCCUACUAGGCCAGAAAACUAA